UGAAGGUGCAGCCGCGGCGCUCCAGCCUCCGCCAGCCGCGCCCGGCCGCGCUCCUCUCCCCGGGGCGCCUCCGCAGGACGAUGGCCGAUUUCCCGGCCAAGGUCAGCACCCGCACCAGCACCCCCGCCGGGGCGCACGGGGCCGCGGGGCGCUCCUCCCGGCUGGACCUCGACUUCCUCAAGUCCGUCUUCGGCGUCUUGAUGGUCGUGGAGAUCGUGCUGGGCUGUUUGGUGUGGACCCUCAUUGCAGACACGUACUACCAGCCCUACCCUUCCUACGGCUGGGUGAUGUUUGUAGCUGUCUUCUUCUGGAUGGUGACGGUCAUACUCUUCGCAAUGUAUCUUUUCCAGCUUCAGCUAAAACUCUACAUGAUCCCUUGGCCUGUUGUGCUGGUGGUCUUCAACACUGCAGCCACCGUCCUGUACGUGACGGCAUUUGUGACGAGCGCCACAUCCGUUGAGCUGUACUCCUGGCCUCAUUCGCCGGACUACAACAGAAGAGCUGCUGCCUCGUUCUUUGCUUGCCUGGUGAUGAUUUUCUACGGGGUCAGUUCCUGUCUCAGCUUUCGAGCCUGGAAAGGAUAUGGAAGCAACGCGGCAACCAGUCAAGCCACGAUUUCUAAUCAUGCCUAAGAACUGUGGCCUGUUCUGAAUCAACGUGGGGCGAUGGGACAGCUCUGUGGCAGGGCAGUGGCUAAUGGGGUUCUCUCAUCCCCUCCUCCUUUCUCAUCAAGACCUAGUAAAGCCCAACAGCUCUUCCUGGUCCCAUCUUUAGCAUGGCCUGAGCCACAGAUGCAGUAUGUGUUUUAAUGCCAUCUAGAGCUAAGUAAGUGCCUCUCUUUACCUCGUACUAAUUAGCUCCACAUGCCCAAUCGUUAAGAGCCCCUCUCCUGCUUUGCAAGAGACCACCCUCAGCCUAGUUCACAUAGGCAUGCUCGGCCUUGUGUGUGUGAAUGGACCGCCCCAGAUCUAUCACCGCACAGAGCUUGCACAUCGGCCAGUGCAAGCUCUGCCAUGAUGCUUUUCACGCAUUGCGGUUCAUGCGUGCAGCGAGCCUGCGCUUGUGUGAAGGAGCCCGUAGCGGCUCUUGGUUAAGUGCAAGGAGGGUUGGGAAGCAUCACAUCGGAAGUGACACCAAGCGAACAGUUCAGUCCCAGCAGUGGUGUUAAAUCCGUGAUGGCCGAUUCACACAUGCAGGUCCCCCUCAAAUGCUAAAUGCUCCUGUGUGAACCAUCCUUCAGUUUCUUGCUUUCCCAAAGCCUCCUUAAUACACAAGAGCAGGGUGGAGGGGGGGGGAUCAGAGCAAAGGUGUUUCAAGCCCCACAUCCGGAGGUGUGGCACCCUUGGGAUGCCCACUAGCAAGGCACAGCGGCAAAAGCUUCCCCUUCUGCUGGCUCCUCGCCCAGCAUCUGGCGGUCAGAGGCAUUGGGCCUCCGAGAAGAGAGCGUGCCUGUGGAUUGGUCGAGGGCUAACUGCUGCGUGUCUGAACUAGCACAUUGCAAAGCCCUCGAAGGCCAGCACAGUAGGCAAAAUGUAAAAAAAAAUUGUGGCAUUUUAUGGGGUGGCGGCGGCGGUGGUCUAUACCUGCAUGCCUCUGUGAAUUAGGCCGGAGAUUCCUGUCUCCAGGCACAGCCAAGCCAGCACUAAAUCCAUUAAAACAAGCCAACCCAGACUCCAGCCGCCUGCAGCUUAUUGUGUAAAUAAUGUUUAAUUAACUCAGCACGUGUAGGACUUUGGAAGAGACGCAGCUUUAGGUGCCAGUAUACAGCAGGUAUUUUACUAUUGAUUUUUUUAAAAAAGUAGAGAUUUGUUUUAAAUUAAAAAUAUCUAAAUCUGUCAUUCACCUGUCAGAGACGGUGCUUCCUGCUACUUUUUUUGCUUGGCUCCAGCACACUUGUAGCUGUUUAAUGCUGUUCUGAUAUCAAUUGGGAGGAUGGGCCUGUUACGUCUCUUUUUAAACAUGCAGACAGUACCCACUGUGAUCUGGGUGCACUGUGUCCUAUUGCACUACACACGCAUAACGUUUCGCAGCAAACACACCAUACAGCUGCUGAAGAAUUUCUGCUUUCGUUUGUGGACAAGUUUCUAGUCCUUAUGAGUGUAGGGAUAAACUUUGAAGUUUCAGGAGACAGCCUGGAAUUUGGUAGUACUUACUAGCCUUCCAGCCACCUCAGCUUCUGCCCUACUGCCUUUCCCCCUAAACAAGCGACAUCAUGCGUAGCACUUCAUUCUGCAAGCGAACACAAGAGACCCAAUUCCAGCAUCUGCUGGACAAUGCAGAGGAGACGGCGAGUGCAGCUUCUCAGCACUGGAAGCUCCCUCUGCACAAAUUCUAUCCAAGCAGUGGAAGUCCAGGAGCUCUGUCAUCCAAAAUGGAAGGGGGAUGACAAAUCAGAAGCAAACACAUUCAGCUAGUGACACUCGGCAGCCAAAAGAUAAGGAAACCAGGGACACAGAUGCGGAGCUGAAAGACAUGCUUUGUGAUUAAACACAUUCUCCCCCAUCCCGCCCCGGUCAAAGCAUACGCUUUUGCUAAGAAUAAUUCUGAAUUCAAAGUUAAACAACUUUGCUUUACUCAUUGCAGGUCAAUUGCACAUCAUAAGUUAAUAUCA